GCGUUCUGGACCGAGCCAGGUUCGUUCGUCGCUCGCAUUCCUGAUCAGCUCCCGGACGCAGACCCUCAAGUCCGCGCAGUCGCAUCUCCUCAUCUGUGACGCAAGUCUGAAGCUCGGUAUCUGAAUCGCGCAAUGGCCUCCAACUCGUCCAACUCGUCUGCUGCCCCAAAGCCGCUCCCGGCCCACUGGAACCUGUUCGCCGGUGCCAUUGCUGGAGUCUCGGAGAUUCUGGCCAUGUAUCCUCUGGAUGUCGUCAAAACUCGCUUCCAGCUGCAAGUUGGCAAGAGCAGCGCCGAUUCGUAUACCUCUAUUGUCGACUGUUUCCAAAAGAUCAUCAAAAAGGAAGGCCCCGGUGUUCUGUACAGAGGCAUCGCCGCCCCUAUCAUGGUCGAGGCGCCCAAGCGUGCCAUCAAGUUCUCGGCGAACGAGCAGUACCGAACCCUGUUCAAGUCGUGGGGUCUGCCCGAGAGCCGCCUCACCUCGGUGCUGACGGGUGUCAGCGCCGGUAUUACCGAAGCAUUCGUCGUCGUUUCCUUUGAUCUGGUCAAGAUUCGUCUGCAGGACAAGGCCAACGCCGGAAAGUACAAGAACACCUCCGAUGCCUUCGCCAAGAUUUUCCAGCAGGAGGGCUUCAUUGGCUUCUUCCGCGGCCUCGAAGCCACUAUCUGGAGACACGGUGUCUGGAACGGCGGCUACUUUGGAUGCAUCAGCACCAUUCGCCAGUUGCUGCCCAAGGCUGAGACCAAGCAAGGCACCCUUGCCAACAACUUUAUCGCCGGCACUAUCGGCGGCACCAUCGGCACGAUCCUGAACACACCCUUCGACGUCGCCAAGACCCGCAUCCAGAACCAGACCCUCCCCUUCUCGAGCUGCAAAUACAACUGGACUCUGCCUGCCGUUGCAACUAUUGCCAAGGAAGAGGGCUUCGGCGCGCUCUACAAAGGAUUCGUUCCCAAGGUCCUUCGUCUUGGCCCCGGUGGCGGCAUCCUGCUCGUUGUUUUUGAGGCGCUCUCUGGAUACAUCCGAAAGAACAUUCUGUAAUCAUUGCAGACAUGUCGAGUACCAUCUCCCAUGACCCCAUCUCGUCAUCUUAUAGCCCACACAAAAUGAAACGGGACACCCUGUUUGAAUCCUGCGUGUCACUCUUUUCUGGGUCCUGAAUACACACCAUUCAUCACCCA